UUGUUGAGUUAACUCAAUAACACAGAAUUUGCGUCUACACUGGCACAAACUCGAGUUAUUUACUUAGUUUAGCAGGCGAUUGUGGCGGCACUCACUUGAAUUUUAUAUGAGAAACUUAAGCCGGUUCAAGUAGCACACAGGAGCAUCAUGGCAGAUAAUAGGGAUGGUGGAGAGUCUGAAAUAAAGCCUCGCAGCUAUCAGCUGCGUCUCGUUGAUCAUAUUACCAAGAAUAAUGGUAUAAUCUAUUUGCCGACCGGAUCUGGCAAGACAUACGUGGCCAUCCUGGCCCUCAAGCGAUUCUCCAAAGACAUGGACAAAUCAAUCGAAGAGGGCGGCAAACGUGCUAUUUUUAUGUGCAACACAGUCGAGCUGUCCCGUCAGCAGGCUGUGGCCGUGAAGAAGUUUACAAAUCUCAAAGUUGGAUUCUUUGUGGGGGAGCAGGGCGUCGACGACUGGUCGAGAACAAAAUGGAGCCACGAAAUAAGCGAAAGCCAAGUUCUGGUGGGCACAGCCCAAGUCAUAUUGAAUAUGUUCACCCAGAAGUUCAUGGAGCUGAGCUCUGUUAGUAUUGUGAUUAUAGACGAGUGCCACCAUGGCACUGGCCACCAUCCCUACCAUGAGUUCAUGCAUCUGUUCCUGCUCGCUGACAGGGGCACGCCGAUGCCGCGCGUUGUGGGACUGACGGGUGUCCUCAUUAAAGGCAACGAAUUUAAGGAGGUCUCCCACAAGCUCAGAGAACUGGAGACGACCUACAGAAGCAACAUCAUCACCGUGUCCGACACGGAGGAAUUGAAGAACGUGAUGCUUUACUCCACCAAACCCAAGGAGAGUUUAUUGAUUUAUCCAGUGCAAGGGAGGUCCCUUGAUGUCGUCCAUAUCAUACAUGCACACAUUGAGUACUUUUACGCACUGCUAGACUCAUUGGAAAUUGGCAAACAGCCGACCCGCUUAACCAAGGGGCUCAACAUGCGCGAACCCCAUAAAAAAAGCUCAGUGAAGACUCUGCUGAACGACUUCGAGUACCAGCUGGAGCAGUACGGCAUAUACGUGGCAGCCAUGGCCAUCGUGUCGGUUGCUGUGGCGUUCGAAAUCAAGCUGCAUCAGUCGGAAACCAUUACCCUGAGCCAAAUGUACAAGUCGGCCAUCAACCUGUGCAACGUCAUCCGUCACAUACUAAAUAGGAAGCUCCGCGAUAUGCUCGACGAAGAUUCGCAAUCCGAUGAAGAUGUUCACACUGAGGAAAUCAUGUUGAACUUUUCGACGCCCAAGGUGCAGAGACUUUUGCAUUACGUGAAGCAAACGUUCUCCGGCAAGGAGGCCAAGGAUGUUUGCUGUUUACUCUUUGUGGAGCGCCGAUAUACGAGCAAGUGCAUAUACCAACUGCUGAAGAAGUUUAUUGCCGCCACGCCGGAGCUGCGCGAUGUGCUCGUGCCGCAGUUUAUGGUGGGCCGCAACUCGGUCGCAGCGGAUUUUGAAGGCGUCCUGGAGCGCAAGUGGCAAAAGUCGGCCAUUCACCAAUUUAGGGAUGGCGAAGCCAACCUGAUGGUCUGCUCCAGCGUUCUGGAGGAAGGCAUCGAUGUGAAGGCCUGCAACUACGUAUUGAUCCUGGAUCCGCUGAAGACAUUCAACAUGUACGUGCAGACGAAGGGGCGGGCACGAUCCAAGGACGCACAGUUUGUGGUUUUCUCCUCAGAAAUGGACAAAAUAAAAAUCAGCCAGCAGAUCCUUCAGUAUCGCCAAGCGCAUGCCGACAUCGGAGAGUUUCUGAAGGAUCGCGUACUGGAGCGGGCCGAGCCUCUAAUGCACGAGAUAGCCGAUCACUUUCACGAAGUGAUCCCACCUUUUAAGAACGAACACGGUGCCGUGCUGCUGCCCAGCGGUGCCCUUAUGCUGCUCCACCGCUACUGCCAGAGCAUGCCCACGGAUGCAUUCGGCUUUGUGGAGGCAUGGAUCACAUUGCUCACUGAGCAGCACCGCCAGCAACUCUUUGGUGCUCGGGCCGCACUCAAAGAGGUUGUCUCCAUCGAGCUUCCACUCAGCUCGUCCAUGCGUGAAACAAUUUAUAGCGAUCCCAUGCCCUCCGUGAAGGCGGCCAAAAUAUCGGCAGCAUUCAAGACCUGCAUUAAACUCUACUCGGUGGGGGAGCUCAACGAGCGCUUUCUACCCGUCUCGCUCAAGGAUCGGGUGUCGGCCAUAGCCGACUUUCACUUUGACCACUGGAAGAAAUACAGCGACAAUGUGGUCGAUACGGUCACCAACCAGACGGACACAUCGGACAGAUUUGCUACCUAUAAGACCGCUUGUCCGAAGGAGUUUUACGAUUGCAGGCCACGGAUUGGCGAAGUCUGUUAUGCCUAUGAGAUCAUGUUGGAGCCGCAGUUCGAGCGCAACGACUACACGGAGCACAUGCACGACAAUCUACUGUCGGGCAGGAACUUUGCGCUGCUGCUGAGGAAGAAGCUGCCGCCUCUGUCCAAGAUGCCGCUGUUCUGCAACCAAGGCCCGUUGCAUGUGCGUGUGAACGAGCAGCCGCGAGAGCUGGUUAUUUCGAGUGAGGAACAGCUGGAGCAGCUGCAUCAAUUCCAUGGAAUGCUGUUCCGCGACCUGUUGAAGAUCUGGCGUCCCUGCUUUGCACUGGAUCGUCGCAGCAAAGCUAAUUCAUACUUCUUGGUGCCUCUGGCCGUGGGAUCAGAGUAUCAGAACGUGGUGGACUGGCCGCUGGUCCGUCAGUUCCAGCGUCUGCCCAUCUCGGAGCCUGUCAGCGUAAAGCAGCGCCAGGAGCAGCCAGCGCCGCGUUUAGAAGACUUUGAGGGUAAAAUUGUGACCCAGUGGUACGCAAGUUUCACAACCAAGCGAAUGCUUGUGCACAAGGUGCGCAGAGACCUGACACCUCGCAGCCUAAUGGACAGCAAACAGCAGGAAAUGAGCUAUGGCGAGUUCACUACGUCCAAGUAUGGCAAUCACAUCGGCGGGGUGGUUCACAUGGACCAGGGCCUGAUCGAGGUGCGGGAACUUACGGAGCAGCUGAACUUCUAUGUCCAGCAGCGGGGCAAGACGUCGGCCCAGAGCAAGGCCAGGGCCAAGAUUAUUCUCAUACCGGAGCUCUGCUUCAAUUUCGAUUUCCCCGGCGACCUCUGGAUCAAGGCCCUGUUUCUGCCCAGCAUCCUGAACCGUCUCCACUUCUUGCUGCACGCUGAGGCCUUGCGUCAGCGCUUCAAUGCCUUCCUGGGGCUGCAGCAUCUGCCUCAGAAUGGACUCGACUACAGGCCAAAGCUCUUGGAGAUCGACUGGUCGCUGCGCCGCAAUGUGGAUCCCCACGGCAAUGCCGUACCCAACGAUGAUGUCGAAGAGCCGCGCUCCAUCCUGGAGCCCCUGCCCACCAAAGAAAUUGAAAUCGGCGUGAAGAACCUGCAUAUACGCGAGGUACAAGAGCCUUGGCAGCAGUACCUCGAACCCGUGGACCUAUCCCGGAACAUCAUGUCCGCCUACACCGUGGAGCUCAACUAUUACAACAAUUUUGUCGCCGGCCAAGUGGCGGCUAUCGACAAAAUGGAGCAGGACGACAAGGAGUACUGGCUGGAGACGCAGUUCAAGAUACCCAAGGGGGGCAUCUAUGAGACCAGGAGUCCGGCAAGGCCCGCAGUGGCCCGGCCUGCACUGCUGCCGCCGGCCAACUCGGCGCCCACUCAAAAGUCGCCGAAUGUGUUGCCGAUUCUGCUGAAGAGCGUUUCCGACGAACACAUCACUCCGGCCCAUCAGGGCGAGUUCCUGGCGGCCAUCACCACAGCGGGAAGUGCAGAUGUGUAUGAUAUGGAGCGAUUGGAGCUGUUGGGCGACUCGUUCCUCAAGAUGAGUGGCAGUCUUUACCUGGCAAGCAGGUAUCCCGAAUGGAACGAGGGCACGCUCACGCAGGUCAAGUCGCGACUGGUGUCCAACAAGAAUCUAAUGUACUGCCUCAGGGAGACGGAUAUUCCCAGCCGUAUUAGCUGCAGCCUGUUCGAUCCCCGAAUUUCGUGGCUUCCGCCCAGCAUUGGCCUGCCCGAAAAUGUCUUGGCCUUAUGGACGGAGCAGCCGUGCCUUGCCAAACUGAUUGGUCCCCACAAUCUCUUCGAUCUGAACCUCAGCGACGAGGAGAUUCUGGCCGGUCGUUGCAGCGAGGCCACCUAUCGUCGCUUUGUGCAGAGCUGCCAGGGCAAUCAGCAUGGCCAUCAUGCCGGCCAAGACUUCUCAUCCGACGUGAACUACUGCUUUGGCGAGUCGACCAUUCAGAACAAGGUGGUGGCCGACACCCUGGAGGCCCUGCUGGGGGUCAUUGUGAGGAACUAUGGACUGCAGCAUGGCUUCCGCAUGCUCGAAUACUUCGGCAUUUGCAAACCGGACGUUGAUAAGCCAUUGACACAGCUGCUCGAUCUUCAGUUGAGAAGCGCCAAGAUGCGAGCAAACACGAGCGCUGCCGAUAUUGAUGGCUUCCUCAUCAACCACUCCCAUCUGGAGGAGAAUAUAGGCUACACAUUCCGGGAUCGCGGCUACCUCCUGCAGGCCCUGACACAUCCGUCGUUUCCCACUAACCGCCUGACCGGUUGCUACCAGGAGCUGGAGUUCAUUGGCGAUGCCAUACUCGACUUUCUCAUCUCUGCAUACAUUUUCGAAAACAACAGCAAGCUGCGGCCGGGCCAGCUCACGGAUCUGCGCUCGGCUUUGGUCAAUAACACGACACUGGGCUGCAUCUGCGUGCGGCACAAGCUGCACUUGUUCAUUCUGGCUGAAAACGCGCUCCUUUCGGAGACCAUCAGCAAGUUUGUGAAUUUCCAGGAGAGCCAGGGCCACAGGGUCACGAAUCAUGUACGCUUUCUGCUCGAGGAGCGAGAUGUGCAGCCCGUUAUUCUGGACAUGGACGAUGAAAUGGAGCAAGCGAUGGAAGAUGGAUCGAAAGAUGGUCCACGCAUCGGUGCCUUCAACUUGGCGCAGAACGUAGAUGUGCCCAAGGCUUUAGGCGAUGUCCUGGAGGCCCUCAUUGCGGCCGUCUACUUGGAUUGUCGGGAUCUGCAGACAACCUGGCAGAUGAUCUACAACUUGUUCGAGCCCGAGCUGAAGGAGUUCUCCCGCAACAUACCCAUCAGCCCGAUCCGACAGCUACAGGAGCACAAGCUGGCCAAUCCCGUUUACGGUCCGCCCAUGGUUGACAAGGAUGUUGUGAUGGUGUUCUGCCAGUUCACGUGCAUGGAGAAGACAAUUCGGGUCACUGGUGUCGGCAGCAACAAGAACCAAGCCAAAUUAGCUGCUGCCAAGAGCGCUCUUCAGAAAUUGGCUAAAUAUGAUCCAUAGCCCAUAGAACGGCAUGCCGUGACACCCGUGACCGCGAUCCACGAAAAGGCUAAGCCUGACACCCAUUAUAAAUAUUUCCAGUUGAUUUUCACCUGUCAAUGUUUAAAAUGGGAGUCAUGCCUAGACAUUUUUUGGUCAGUGCAUUUGCAAGUACGAAUUUUAUGAUCAAAAAGGGCAUUGCUCGCACCAUUUCUCGUUUAAGAUUUAAAAUGACGCCAUUUAUACAACUUUUUAUGAAUGUUAACAAAUUAUGAAUUUUUAUAUUUUUAUUUGCGAUUUUAUUUACCGCGUUUCAGUGCACAUUUUAGUUAGAUUUACAAUCGGAUGGGCUACGUCGUCAACGACGUGAAUGCCAUUUUUGUAUUUACAAUAAAAUGCUGAGUGCAUGCAUUCUUCGAUUCAUUCGAUCCGAUUGUCCAUGCCACAGCGGUGGCUUUUGCUCCGGCCGGCCUCUGUA